CGCAAAUUCUCAGAGCGCACAGCUAAUCAAAGACGGAUCGGUGUACACCGCGAACGCACAAAUAUUCAUUUUUGGGCACACUAGAAAUAAAGAAACCAUCGGAAUGGGUGAACGCCUAGUUUACACCCACAAUCAUUCUAUGACCAUUAUUUUCUUGCUUUGAGUAGAAGGAUUUUGUUUUUCUCCGCUGCAGCUUUUGCUUUGGAUGGCAUGCUUUAUCAAGAAAGGAAGAGCCCCUCUUCUCUCACAGAAGCGUAGUACUUCUCUACAAGAUAAAAUAGACAUAGCCCUCUGCAGGUGAGCAUUAGUGAGCUCACUAUAUAAUUUCGCGUUUCAUUUCUUCAUUAAGUGAUUAGCGUUAUUUAAUUUUUUGCAUUGAGCUAAUCCGACACAAAGAGCAGAGGACGGAGAAAAACGCUGCAGGAGUCGAGAAUCAUCAUAGAGGACCUCUCGCGCAAGCCCCCACGAAAAAUGUCAUCUCAAACCAGAGUCAAGAAGGACAAGGAGAUCAUAGGAGAAUAUGAAACGCAAGUCAAAGAGAUCCGUAACCAGCUGGUGGAGCAGUUCAAAUGCCUGGAGCAGCAGUCCGAGUCUCGUAUCCAGCUUCUGCAGGACCUGCAGGACUUCUUCCGCCGCAAGGCUGAGAUCCAGCUGGAGUACUCCCGCAGCCUGGAGAAACUGGCAGAGCGCUUUUCCAACAAGAUCCGCAGCUCCAGAGAACACCACCAGUUCAAGAAGGACCAGCACCUGCUGUCCAGUGUGAACUGCUGGUACCUGGUACUGAACCAGACCAGGAGGGAGAGCAGGGACCACGCCACCCUCAACGACAUCUACACCAACAAUGUCAUUGUCCGCCUCGCCCAGAUCAGCGAGGACGUCAUCCGCCUCUUCAAGAAGAGCAAGGACAUUGGGAUUCAGAUGCACGAGGAGCUGGUGAAAGUGACAAACGAACUCUACACUGUGAUGAAGACCUACCACAUGUACCACACGGAGAGCAUCAGCGCCGAGAGCAAGUUGAAGGAUGCUGAGAAGCAGGAGGAGAAGCAGUUCAGUAAGUCUGGAGACCUCAAUGUCAACCUGCUGCGCCACGAGGACCGGCCCCAGAGACGCAGCUCCGUCAGGAAGAUCGAGAAGAUGAAGGAGAAGAGACAAGCCAAGUACUCAGAGAACAAGCUGAAGUGCACUAAAGCCCGCAACGACUAUUUGUUGAACCUGGCAGCAACGAAUGCCGUUGUGGCGAAAUACUACAUCCACGAUGUCGCUGAUAUGAUUGAUUGCUGUGACCUGGGCUACCACGCCAGCCUGGCGCGUACCUUCAGGACCUACCUGUCAGCUGAGUACAACCUGGAGACUAGUCGCCACGAGGGCCUGGACAUCAUUGAGAACGCCGUGGACAACCUGGACUCCCGCAGUGACAAGCACAAGAUCAUGGACAUGCACAACCAGGUGUUCUGCCCUCCCAUGUGCUUCGAGUACCUGCCCCACAUGGGGGACGAGGUGUGCCAGGUGAGUGCCCAGCAGCCUGUGCAGACUGAGCUACUGAUGCGCUACCACCAGCUGCAGUCCCGUCUAGCUACGCUCAAGAUCGAGAACGAGGAGGUGAGGAAGACUCUGGAUGCCACCAUGCAGAUGCUCCAGGACAUGCUGACUGUGGAGGACUUUGAUGUGUCUGAUGCCUUCCAGCAUAGCCGCUCCACUGAGUCCAUCAAGUCGGUGGCCUCUGAGACCUACAUGAGCAAACUGAACGUGGCUAAGAGACGGGCCAACCAGCAGGAGACAGAGGUCUUCUACUUCACUAAGUUCAAGGAGUUCCUGAACGGCAGCAACCUCAUCAUUAAACUGCAGGCCAAGCAUGACCUCCUGAAGCAGACACUGGGAGAAGGAGAAAGGGCUGAAUGUGGGACUACGAGGCCCCCCACUCUCCCCCCUAAACCACAGAAAAUGCGGAAGCCUAGGCCGCGCUCAGUCUAUAACCAUAAGCUGUUUAACGGCAAUAUGGAGACCUUCAUCAAGGAUUCAGGUCAACCUAUUCCUCUUGUGGUUGAGAGCUGUAUUCGACACAUCAAUUUGUAUGGGCUCCAGCAGCAGGGCAUAUUCCGUGUCCCUGGAUCCCAGGUGGAGGUCAAUGAUAUUAAAAACUCAUUUGAGAGAGGUGAAGACCCAUUGAUUGACGACCAGAAUGAACAUGACAUCAACUCAGUGGCAGGGGUCCUCAAGCUGUACUUCAGGGGCCUGGAGAACCCUCUGUUCCCCAAGGAACGCUUCCUGGACCUCAUUUCUACUAUCAAACUGGAGUCUGGAGCUGAGAGAGCGCAUCACGUCCAGCAGAUUAUUGUGACUCUUCCUCGCACCGUCAUCAUCGUCAUGAGAUACCUGUUCGCUUUCCUCAAUCACCUGUCCCAGUACAGUGAUGAGAACAUGAUGGAUCCCUAUAACCUGGCUAUCUGCUUCGGCCCCACCCUGAUGCCCAUACCCGACGGACAGGACCCUGUAGCCAUCCAGGCACACGUCAAUGAGGUCAUCAAGACCAUCAUCAUCCACAACGAGGUCAUCUUCCCCAGCCACCGCGAGCUGGACGGGCCGGUCUAUGAGAAGUGCAUGACUGGAGGAGAGGAGUACUGUGACAGCCCCCACAGUGAGCCAGGCACCAUCGAUGAGGCUGACAAUGGGACUGAGCCACACACCAGUGAUGACGAGAUGGAGCAGAUUGAGGCCAUAGCUAAGUUUGACUAUGUGGGGCGCACCCCCCGGGAGCUGUCCUUUAAGAAGGGGGCGUCGCUGCUGCUGUACCACCGCGCCUCUGAGGACUGGUGGGAGGGCCGGCACAACGGUGUGGACGGACUGAUCCCACAUCAGUACAUAGUGGUGCAGGACCUGGAUGAUGCUUUCUCAGAUAAUCUCAGUCAGAAGGCGGACAGCGAGGCGAGCAGUGGACCACUGCUGGAUGACAAGGCCUCAUGCAAAAACGAUGUCCCAUCACCGUGUGAACACUCCACAGACUCCAACUUUGGAGGAGUCAUGGGGAGGGUGCGGCUACCUUCUGACGGGGCUGCCACCCCUCGACGUCGCAGCAGAGAGACCCACAGCCCUCCUCGGGGCACUGACACACCCCCGCGGGCCGCAGCCUGUCCCAGCAGCCCCCACAAGGUGGCAGUUAGCAGGAGCCGCAUGGAAAGCCCAGAGAAGAGGCGCCUGGGCACAUUUGGCAGUGCGGGCAGCAUCAACUAUGCCGACAGGAAGGCCUACCCUGAGGGCCACCCCUUGAGGCCCGUACCAGGGGCCACACGCCACAGUAGCCUGGGGGACCACAAGUCACUGGAGGCUGAGACACUGGCAGAGGACAUAGAGAAGACCAUGACCACGGCUCUACAUGAGCUGCGUGAGCUGGAGCGCCAGAACACGGCCAAGCAGGCUCCAGACGUGGUACUGGACACCCUGGACACCACCAUGAAGAACCCUGUGAACUCGGAGCCUGGCAGCCCCCUCCACACCAUCAUGAUCCGCGACCCAGACGCCGCCAUGCGGCGCAGCAGCAGCUCCACCUCCGAGAUGAUGAGCACCUUUAAGCCCGCCCUGUCGGCCCGUCUGGCCGGAGCCCAGUUGCGCCCCCCGCCCAUGAGGCCCGUCCGCCCGCCCCCCACCGGGCACCGCUCCUCCAGCUCCAGUUCCUCUGGGGUGGGAAGCCCUGCUGUCACGCCCACUGAGAAGAUCUUCCCCAACAGCACUGCCACGGCUAGCUCUGCAGCCAACGCAGCUAACGCAUCCGGGGACAAGUCCGGCACCAUGUAGCUCUGAGGGAGAAUUAGGGUUGUCAUGUUGCAACUGUUUGACGCAGAGGAAAGCCGAUAGGAAUGGGACGAUGCGUUGUCAAUGUGUUCUCUGAGGACAGUUGUGGAUUUUUCCUUCCUCCUCAUUUUGAGUUUGACUUUAUUUCUUGAAUUCAGGAAGCUCCUGGAGUGAGCCUGAGUUGCCAUGGUGAUGGCAGGCAGAGAGGCUGUAGGGGUUUGCCUAUCAACGCAACUCUCUGUGAAGCUUGAUUUUAAACCAGGCGUGAAAAUAAUGAAUAAAAUCACCUCAAAGUAAAACCUAUUUUUUUAUUUUUCAUUUUUUACCUUUAAAAUUAAAAGUAUGUGGCCAGGUCCGGCUUUUUAGUGAUUCAUUGACUGCAAGACGUGAAGAAGUACGUGUGGAAUUUUGACAUUGGUUUUCAUCCUGCACUGGUUGUCCAGAUGAUGUCUCAUCCCUUGCUGGUGGAUUGGACACUCACCAGUAAGGUGUCUCAUCCCUUUCUCUCUGGAUUGGACACUCAGUCUACCAGCCUGUGUCUAAGAGACUGUAACCAAGAUGGUCACCGGCCUUUUGCUGUAACCAAGAUGGUCACCGGCCUUUUGCUGUAACCAAGAUGGUCACCGGCCUUUUGACUGUAAAUAGAGACUUACUUAAAGUUGUUAUGCCUUUUGUUUGUACUGUAGUAUAAGGGAUGUUCAACAAAGUAACACCAUAGCAACAUUGUAUAUGUAUAUGAGAUGCAGAGACUGAACCAAUAUACCAAUUAAUUGUAAGAAACCUGUGGUAAACAUGUAGUUUAACUUGUAUAUAGUUUAUGUAUUAUUUUUUUUUAAGUGUUCAUCUUGUACAGGCCCAGACGGAACAGGCAAGGAGAGGUGAAUGGCAUUGUCAAAAAACAAACAAACAAAAGAGUCAACCUGCAAACAAAGACAACAUAUCAAAAAGGUUCUGCUUCCAUUGUGUUAUUUUCAUCAUUUUCUGCAUGAACACACAUACUAAACACAGCACUGAAGGUUGUGUUAAGAAUAUGUGGUUAUGGGGAUGUCAACAUCAUACCACACAUUGUAUUUAUGAGUUAAAAUUCAAUUUGCACUCAAAUGGAUCCUGAUAUUCUCUCUAUUAUUCAUAUUUAAGACAGUAAAAUGAGUGUAUUAUACCAUUUUCUGCCACAGUAAGGUUUGAACCCUCUUUUAUUUUGUAUGAUUUUGUAAUACUGUGAGAAUACUGUUGACCAUGGCUCCUUACCCCCUCAUUGUUCCAACAGCUCUAGAGGUCUACACGGUAACAUGUGUGAAGUCAGUCCACAACCAGACUGACUGAUUGUUGUUACCAGGCUGAUGUUGGGUGUUCUAGUGGCUGGUCCUGAGCACUGUUUGGACUGAGCCUAACACCUCUGUAAGUUGGAUGAGAGCUCACUCAGCCCAAAUCUGUCAGCUUCCAUCCACUACAGUCCAACAGGCUGCCCCUGUGAGGCAUGGACGGUGGAAAUACCCAUACAAAAUAGGAACUCAGCCCGUCUGACCCAAAUAACUUUGUGCCCAUGAAAGCUCUUUAGACACACAUUUUUAUUUUAGCAGACUCUCUUAUACAGAGCGACUUAGAGGAGCAAUUAGGGUUAAGUGCCUUGC